AUGGGUGUCCCAAAAUUCUUCCGCUGGCUGAGCGAGCGGUAUCCUACGAUCUCUAUGCUGAUCGCAGAGAACCGGAUACCCGAGUUCGACAACCUAUAUCUCGACAUGAACGGCAUUAUUCAUAACUGUACACACAAAGACAGCGACUCCCCUGCGUUCCGAUUGACCGAAGAUAAGAUGUUCAUAGCCAUCUUCAAUUAUAUCGAGCAUUUGUAUGGCAAGAUCAAGCCCAAGAAGCUUUUCUUCAUGGCGGUGGAUGGUGUUGCGCCACGCGCCAAAAUGAAUCAGCAGCGCGCGAGACGAUUUCGAACGGCCCUGGAUGCUGAAGUGGCGAGAGAGAAAGCGAUUGCCCAAGGGGUUGAAAUGCCAAAGGAAGAUCCAUUCGACAGCAACUGCAUCACUCCUGGAACGGAGUUUAUGGCGAAGCUUACAGAACAGCUGAAAUAUUUCAUCAGCAAGAAGAUUUCCGAGGAUAAGGACUGGCAGGGGGUGGAAAUUGUACUUUCAGGGCACGAAGUACCAGGUGAGGGUGAACAUAAGAUCAUGGAAUAUAUCCGACACGCGAAGGCGCAACCCGGAUACGAUCCCAAUGUCCGCCACUGUUUGUAUGGACUUGACGCCGACUUGAUCAUGUUGGGUCUAUUGAGCCACGACCCGCACUUUGCCCUUCUCCGUGAGGAGGUGACCUUUGGCCGCCAGGUGCAGAAAAAGCCAAAGGAGCUCGAGCAUCAGAAUUUCUUCCUUUUACAUUUGUCCAUGGUUCGAGAAUACCUGGAAUUGGAGUUUCAGGAGCUGGAGCAAGAAGGGAUUCUGAGCUUCCAUUAUGAGUUUGAGCGUGUGAUCGACGACUUUAUCUUGAUGGCUUUCUUUGUUGGAAACGACUUUUUACCCAAUUUGCCCAACCUUCAUAUUAAUGAAGGUGCGUUGUCGUUGAUGUUCAAGGUCUACAAGGAGGUGUUGCCGAAGAUGGGUGGCUAUAUCAAUGAGGAAGGUGUUAUCAACCUGGAACGGCUUGGUAUGCUUCUGGAUGGAUUAAGCCACGUGGAGUACCGCUUCUUCGAGGCUGAGAACUCGGAUGCGGCAUGGAUUCGUGCAAAGCAAAAUGGUGCGGAAGAAGAUGGGGAGGCCGACGCGAAGCCAAAGACAUUUACAAUCACACCGGACCAGAAAACUAUUCUGAAGUCGGUCAAGAAGUUUGUUCUGAAUCGACCUGGAAAGGCGGCAGACUCGAAACCUCUUGAUUUCCCACCGACACUCCCUGCUAGGGACCGCAAGUUUGUCGAGCAGCUCGCGGGUGACCUUCGACUGCCCUGGUCGACAGUCGCAAAUGACGACGGGGACCGAUUCAUUCGUGUCGAGUUUCCUGCGAGUGAAGAUGAUGACAGCGAGGAGGAAGAAGACGAAGAGGCUUCUAUGGCUGUGCAGCGCAUUAUCCGCAAAUAUGAGAACGCAAAAGUUCAAGAGUUAUCUGCCGAAGAGGCCCAAGCAGCGGCUCAGAAGAAGUACGACGAGAAGUUUCAGGAUUGGAAGGACAAGUACUAUAUGAACAAGUUCGGCUGGGGCUUGGACAACCACGAGGAAAUGAGGAAACUGACCGAAAACUAUGUGCAAGGCCUUCAAUGGGUUCUGUACUACUAUUACAGAGGAAUUGCCUCUUGGCCAUGGUUCUUCAGCUCACACUACGCACCAAUGAUAUCCGAUGUGAAGAAGGGCUUGAAGGCGGACGUAAACUUUCGCCUCGGGCGACCUUUCAGACCCUAUGAACAGCUUAUGGGUGUGCUUCCCGACCGUAGCAAAAAGACCGUGCCCAAGGCGUAUCACGACUUGAUGACUUCCCCGGAUUCUCCCAUUAUUGACUUCUAUCCGCGUGAUUUCGAGUUAGAUAUGAACGGCAAGAAGAUGGAAUGGGAGGCUGUUGUCAAGAUUCCGUUUAUCGACGAGCGCCGCCUUCUUGAUGCGCUUGCCACAAGAGAGCACCUCUUGACACCCGAAGAAAAGGCGCGCAACGGCUUUGGCGUAAGCCUGAAAUUCACCUACUCGCCUGACACUCAGUAUAUCUAUCCUUCUUCCUUCCCAGGAGUUUUCCCGGAUCUUCCCAACUGCCACUGUGUGCAAAACGUUUUUGACCUCCCCACGAUGGAAGGCUUGGAACCGUACGUUGGGCUGAUGGAAGGAGUGCACAUUGGCGCUUCCGCUCUCGCAGGUUUCCCAAGUCUGAAAACAUUGCCGCAUGUCGGCCAAUUGGGAUUCCAUGGUGUUUGUGUCUUUCAGCAAGAGAGCCGCAAUGAAAGCAUGGUGGUCACGAUUCUUGACCCUGGAAGCAGAUCGUCUACUGAGCUGGCGAAGCAGAAGCUUGGCCAGCGUGUUUUUGUCGGCUAUCCAUUUUUGCAAGAAGCACUCGUCAUCCGCGUUUCUGACGAACUAUUUGACUACACUCUCCCGGAAGGGGAGCAACACGCUCUUGCGACACCCCAUUCGGAUGUGCAGAUUGAGCAGUGGAAGAAGAAAGCUGACAAGAUUGAGGGGACUUACAGCCGGAGAUUUGGUAUGAUCAUCGGCCCUGUUGAGGCGAUGGUGCAUGUUCAGCUGCUGAAAGGCCUCAUCAAGACUGAUGAAGGAGCCACGGUCAAAGAAUUUGCAGAUAUUCCUGGACAGGAAACGGAUUACGCUCUGCAGCUCGUUGUCGACGAAGUCAUCAACCCUGAUGAGCGCUUCAUCGAACGCGAUGCUCUGCCAAUUGAAAAGGAGUUCCCAGAGGGCUCGCGAGCCUUUUUCCUGGGCGAUUUCAACUACGGCAGGCCAGUCCAUAUCACCGGCCAUGAAGAUGGCAAAGUGACUGGUUUGAUUGCCUCCAUCAAGGGUCGAGAGCCCGACUUUGGAAGAGAGCGUGCCAAGAACGCCGAGGCGCUCAGCCCUUAUAUGCCAUCCUUUGCGAUUGCACGCAACUUGCGCUUGAAUCCGCUGGUCCUCGCCAAGAUCACUUCUUCAUUCUCUGUGGACGUUGAAGGCUUCCGAGUCAAUCUGGGUCUCAAUCUCAAGUUCGAGGCCAAGAAGCAGAAAGUCCUUGGAUAUUCUCGGCGUGGAGAUUCCGGCUGGGAGUUUAGUGCAAAGGCCGUCGGUCUGCUGCAGCAGUACAUGAUCAAGUUCCCCGAGUUCAUUGCGGGUAUCCAGCGUAACCCUCAAAACGAUCGUUACACGCCAACCGAUUUCUACCCACCAGACAUUGCACUCCAAAAGAUCAGCGAAAUCAAGGCUUGGCUCAAGGAAAUCGAAGCCAAGAGCUUUGAAAGGGUUCCGCUCGAGGCAGAACAACUUGAUUCGGAUGUUGUCAAGCUGAUUGAACAAGACGCCGACCAACUCUUGCAGAGCCAGCCGGCUAUGGAGGCGAAGAAAAUGCGGGGCGUCCCGCGCAGUGCUCUUCUUCGGCCAUCCGACGUUGAGCAGCGACUUGGUAACCAGACCUUCAAGCUAGGUGAUCGUGUUGUAUACGCCCAGGACUCUGGAAAAGUUCCCAUCGCUACCCGAGGAACUGUAGUUGGGCUUACUAGAACUCCAAGAGCUACUCUACUUGACGUUGUCUUCGAUGUCGCCUUCAUGAGCGGCACAACCCUCGGCGAUCGAUGCUCUCCGUUCCGUGGACAAACCGUGCUCGCAUCGUCUGUCCUCAACGUGUCGUACAGGCAACUGACUGCUAGUACGAGAGCCGCAGUGAGUCAGAAGCAACAAAAUCAACCAUCUCCCUUGACGGUAACUGGAUACGGUGCUCCUAUGGGAGCAGGCGGUGGCGGCCAGUUGAAAGAGGCUGCCACCCCGCCACCACUCAGAGGAUCGUUCCGUGGUGCACUGUCUGGGAGAGGCCGCGGGCAGGGGGCACAGAACGGCACUACAACACUGCCUUUCAGACCGCAAGCCAACGGGGGCCGGGGCCAACACAACGAUUUAGACGGCUCAUCUCGUGGCAGAGGACGAGGUGGCCGCGGAAGCGCGGCGCGCGGACGAGGCGGGUACACGGCGGUUGACAGCGAUCCCGACUCCGGCAUCGUCCAAAACAACCCCAACUUCCGACCCAAGAACUAUUCGCAAGUUCCACCACCUCAGUUCCAGCCGCGCGGACGUGGUCGAGGCAACGGGCGCGGCGGUGACCGAGGAAACGGAUUCCGGGGUCGUGGUAACCGUGGAAGAGGCGCCGCCGGUGCCGCUCCUGGAAGUGCUGGAAAUGCGUGA